GAGGCACCAAAAUAUACAUGCGCCACACAAUAAUUAUUUUCUUAAGAAAAUAAGGUUGUGAAGAAACAGAAAAAGAGGUUGGGAUAAUUUGAAAUAACGAGAGCAUAGAAAUUGUUGAGAUGACAAUCCAUUUGAUGUGGACUGAGUGAGUGUAAUGCAAUUAAACAUCGACGGAUUUUCUAAUCAGUUUCACAUGAUUCAAUCACAUCAAAUUGAACAUCAUGAUAACCAGAAACUUUCUUACAAAUCGUUUCAGUCAAACGAUUACCAAGUUUCAAAGUCAAUAGAGAGUAGAAUUAAUGAGCAGGUGACAUAUGUAAGUGUGGAUCAAACGAGCAAAAAGUCGUCCGGAAGAUCAUGGGCAAGAAGUAAACGUAUUUCACUUGGAUGUUUUGAAUGGCAUUCACGCGGACCAUUUCGUCAAACUGAUAUAGGAUCGUCUAAUCGUUUAAAUUCUAUCAAUCCUACCGGUUCACAUCAUUGCAUUGUACACAAUGAAGAAGAUUUCACAUACAUAUGUCAAGAACCAUCUAAAGGAAGGCUUAGAUCUGGUGCUGACAGUCUUUUACAACGUCUACGUAAACGUUCUUUUUCAAGGGAUAAACAUAAACGUGAUAAUAAAACACAAUAUUGUCGAUCUUCUUCAGCUCCUCGAUCUGUAUAUUCAUACCAAAGCUCUGCAGAAUUUGAUAUCAACCAUAUUGAUAAGUAUUCAUUAACACAGAUUAAUAAAUAUAAUAAUUUGUUCGUUUCAAAUUUGGUUUCGCAAAUUUCUUUAUCAAGAAGUGUUCCUGAAUUACAAGACCAUAGCUGUGUUCCAUCAGGUUAUUUGGACAAUGGUAUGUCAUAUCAGUGUAAUGUAAGUCCAUCCGAAUUGUAUCCUAAAUCAUCAUCCUAUUUAACAUCAUGUUUUUCAAUGAAAUCAUCUUUUCCUAUUAACAAUGAUAAGAUAAAUGCUAUUGCUACUACUACUAGUAAUAUUAACAAUAAUCUAAUAGAAUUAUCGAAAAUUGACAAUUCAUCAUAUACUCUUCCAAUAAAAGAUAAAACUCCAGUUAAUCAUGAAUUAUAUUUUCAAUCAAGUUAUCAAACAUCUAUCAAUGCUAAUAUAUUACAUGGUAAUUUUGCUAAUUCGUGUACAACAUCGUCAACACCUGCAAUUAUGACAGAUUCAUCUUGUUUAGAAUCUAACUCUGAAUGUGUAAAUAUUCCAAAUGCAAUGAAAUAUUCUGACUCAUUUGUGUUAUUGGACAAGAGACAGCAGUAUCAACCUUUGUAUAAUCCUUUCACCUCUUCUAUAUAUUCAGAAGUUUGCUCCAAAUGCUGUUUUACAUAUGAUAAUAAUAAUAAUAAUAGUAAGAGUACUGUGACUUCCAAUAGUCCAAAUCUACUCGUCAAUUCCUUUAGUUAUUCUUGUGAAAUGAAGCAUUCACCAGGAUGUAAAUCUAAUAACUCUCUUAAUGAACACGUUUCUUAUCCAAAUAUGGUUCAAGUCAAUGAAGGCUUUACCACUGGUAGUAAUAAUAAUCAGUUAAUCACUUUGGACACACCACCAACACCAAGUCCUUCAAAUAUUCCAGCUGAUCAUAUAUCGAAUAAUAGUAAUAUUGUUGAUCUUGGCCAAACACAAAAUAAUUCAUCUUGUAAUUCACUUCGACCAGAUUCUCUUCUUUCCACGUCAACAACUAUAACAACAACAACAAGGGAAUCAUCUUGUUCUGACUUAUCACCGAAUUCUAUGUCUUCACAUGAUUCAGCUUUAGGUGGAGGCAAGUUCCAAUCUGACUCUGGGCCGCUGAAAACAGUUUGUCCGAAUACAAUGAAAUUUUUUGGAUUCGUUUAAUUCGACAGCCACUGUUUAUAAAGAACUGACAUCAGCUAAAUGAUUGUUUCACGAUAUUUCAUGUCAAGUGGAGUUGAAAUCGCUGAAAAUUUGGAUUUUGAAUCAGUGGCCCGAAAGUAUCGUGCUCAUCACAAGGACUGAGUAUUCUGGAUCCAGUCUUUUUCAGACUGUUGUUUCACAAUAUUGAAGAGUCCCACCUUAGCAUGAAAUAGCUGUUCAGUGUCCCCUAAUUUUCAGUAGUUUCCUAGCUAUCGAAAAUUAACUCUACUUCUUAUAAACAACUUUGGAUGUUUUCUGCAAAGAUUUUUUUACUUAGGGAAUACUUGGUAUUCUGAUAACUUUGAUCUUGACCUAUAUGGUCCUUUUUCCAAUUACUAACAUGUUCCACUUGUGAUAAUGUUAUUUUAUUGGUAUAAUGUUUUCGCUUAUUGAAUCGAACAGAUACUCCAGUAGUCUAAGCACUCGACUUAUAAUUACUGAACUACGAUUUUAGUAACCAUCUUAAAAAUGACCAUAUUUUAAAUUACUGAAUAAAAUUAUUUACAAUCUUUAUUUAACUCGCAUGUGAUUCAAAGCUUAUUAUUUAUUAAAUUAUUUUGUAAUGUUGAUUGUAUGACUUUUUAGUUUUUCAAUUUUCAAUUUUUUUUCUAAACAAAAUAUAAGAACUCGAAUUAGAUGUCCUUAAUAUUUUGACUAAUUGUAUCACA